CUUAAAUUCUAUUUUUUUGCUCGAAUUAUCUCCUCUAUGACUUAACCUAAAUUUUGGUAGUCGCUUAUAAUCAUUGAAAUUUGAAAACUAUUGAUACUUGAUAGAUUUAAAAUGUCUUUAUUUGUGAAUUUGUUAGUGAAAAACAGUUUUUCAAAUUUAAGACUAUUAGCACCAUGCAGGAGCUUUCACGUAACACAAGUUAAAAAUCUGUAUUCGCCUGCCGCAUUAGGAAUAGAUGGCUAUCUUCAAACUCGCAAGAAGGCAAAGGAGCAAUUCACAAGUUACACGGAUAAAUUCCGGUCUAAAAUGACUGAAUUUGUUACGGACUCAAAAAACAUGAUAUUUACAGAAGACUUAAAAAAUAUGGUACACUUAGCAGAACCUACAGACUUGCAGCUUGUUUUAGAUAUGAUUAAAAAAUUCAACUCUCAAAACACAGAGUUCAGGUUUGGUUCUUUUGUCUUUGGACCCGUGGUGAUGAGAAUGUUCCAUUUCCUGGAUGCACCAAAAGAAGCACUAGAGUGUUUCAAUGAUAAGACCAAUGAUGGGUUCUUUGACCAGCUAGUGUCGUACCACAUAUUAUUGGAUCUGUUAUACAGCCAUGAGAUGUAUGAUGAGAUGUAUGCGGUGUUUGAGAAGGCUCAACAAAAACAGAUCAACAUGACUAAGUUCCCCAAGUAUUCUGUUGUAUUGAUACUGGCAGCUUGCUACAAACAAAAUACACCACAGAGUCUUCAGUAUGCAUCAAAACUAUGGUCUGACAUGACUAAUUCAGGGACUAUUCCAGUCAGAAGAGCAUGCACAUACUUUGCUGCUUUAGCUCUGAAACAAGGAGCUCCACAUAUAGCACUGGAAUCAAUAUCAACACAAAAGCAGCAUUACGUCACAAUAAGAAAUAUUAAGGCCAUUGCAUUAGCAGACAUUGGAAGAGUGAGUGACACGUUACCGAUACUCAAAGGAGUUCUGCAAAUUGACAGUCCUUUACAAAAGGACAAACACACAUUCUUUGCAGAAACUGUGCAAAGGGUGAAAGAGGCAGUUGAAAAAUCGGACAAUAAAGACAUUAAGAAAGAGUUCGAUGAUAUUGAAAAAGCUUUAAAAGAGCGAGGUCUCAUUGACAACAAGGCGCUAGAUCAAAUUCUGAACAGUGAAAUAACGAUGCCGAAACAGCAAGAUGUAAGAGGUGGCCCGCAAUCUUUACAAAACAAACGGAUGCCAUUCGGUCUACGCCAAAAGAAGAGAAUCGUCUAGUCUAGUCCGUCCUACAAAUUUAGUACAAAUAAAUAGCCUGAAAAUAGUUUGUACAUACGUGAAAUGAAUGAAUGAUGUAUAAAUUAUGGAAUUUCUGCUUUUAUACGCAAUACUUGCUCUGAUCUGUAUUGUAAUGAAUGUAUGUUUGUUUGCGUUGUUAAAGAUAUACAAUAAAUAGUUGUUAUAAAACUGUA